CCAGAUUUUGAAAAAUGCUGAUAAACGCACCAUUGAGGAAGAGGUGGAUGCUUCAGGAAAUCCUAUUUCUUGCAGACUGGCCACUAAGCCGGAUCUUUCAGUUGUCCCGCCAUUUCUAUUGAGAAUGAUUCCAGGCGACGACGGGCUCGUAUUCGUCGACGAGGUGGAAUACCUCUACGACGAUCCCGUCACCCCCUAUUCUUUCAAAUGCAUAACGGUGCCUUCGAUUCUGGCGGACAAGGCGAACAUCACGAGCAAGACACGCAUCAUCGCGUCGAAAGACGGUCGGUCGUGUAAGCAGAGCAUCCGCAUGGACGUCAGUGUAAAGGCAUGGGGGGUGGGUGCUAUUGUGGAAACACUCGUGCUCAACGGUGUCAGGGACGCGUAUGCCCAGCUGCCGACCAUGGUAGUGAUGUGGAAGAAGAUCGCUGCCUCUGCAUUCCAGAAGAAUCUGGACGAGACAUUCCCAAAGUGGGAUUGGGACAAGCUAGAUGCGCAGAGCGACACCGUGGCUCCCAAAGACCUUUCUAGUGCUACCAGUCAUGGUAGCCUGCACGGAAGUGUACUUGGUAGCUCUACUGAGUCACUGUAUCUAGACGCUGAAGAGGCUCCUGGAGAAGAUCUGCCGAUUGAGGUCGAACGCGUGACAGGCCUGAAGGUGCCGACGCAAGAUGCCAUGUCGACAUCAUCGUCGACGACCUCCAUCCGAACACAGCCGGAGCCCAUGACCAUGGACAUGUCCAUGACCAUGGACAUGCCUAACCCAAGCGGCAUGCUUAUUUCUUCAGGCUUUAACCGAACUCGCCACAUCCGAGGCAGUAGCCAUGUACACGUGCAAGUGGAUAGGAGUGAUAGUCUGACCCCCAGCAGCGGUGGUAGUAACUGUCGGCCAGCGGGGUCGGGUCUGGCGCGGAAGGGCAAGUCCCAUAUAAGGGCGAGUAGUAUGUAUACGAAUGCAAAGGACGCGGUGGAUAUCCACGCAGAGGACCGGCACGGGUGACGGGUGAGGGGCAUGUUGUAACAUACAGUUUGAAGGAACAUCGCGAAUAGUGUCGUGCAAGCAUGCAGAGGUCUCUCAUUUGUUUAUCCUGAUAAAUAGGGCGUAGGUGCUUUCCGAAGUGAUGUCAGGAGCGCCGGUAUCUAAUUCACAUAAGGGCACGACAAACACGUAUGCUCCCUGGGAGAGGUCACUAGGAGCUACACUCCGACACAAAGACAUAGACCCACUAAUGGGCUCAGAGAGAGAGAGAGUGUGUGUGUGGGGCACACUAGAGUGACAGGUUUGUGCGCACGUUAGAGUUGGAGUGCCCCGAUUUAUAAGCAAAUUUAGGCAGGCGUUCUUAUGUACUGUCGAUUGCCCGCGGUCGCGUACAGGCCUGAACCCCUAUACUAGGCCUACCUGUACUGUGCUUAGCUCUAUGCAUUGUUUGUGAAACCUGGGGUAUAGGAUGCUUAAAUAGCAGCAGAUAGGAGCCAUUUUCACGACUCUCGGGGUACGCCAGCAUCUUGCUUAGAGAGUGCGAGGGCUAUUAUAAGGCAAACUUCCGCCAUGGAUGUCUUCCGGAGAAGCAGGAUCAGUAUGGUCGUGAUCAAUUCGCAAAGUAUGGGGAGCCUAUCUCACAUAGACAGUAAUGCUGGCUAUUGUUGUCAACGUCCAUCACUACAGACCAGAGGCAGAGGCAUUAGCAUAGUUUACUGUGGGAAUCCAGUAUAGGGCAAGUACAUACGCUCGAUAGACAUCAAUUGCGAGGGGAGGGAAAACGCACCUCAUGCAUUUAGUCCCGUGUUAUUCCUUCUGGACGAGAACGAAUGUAGGAUGGGCACCUGAUGUGGCCAAGAAGACACAGCAAUGAUGCAGACCUGAACUGGGCUAGCUAUAUAUACAAGCUCUAGGGAACGGCCGUGCAUGUGGCCAUACACAUUGUACAAAUAGCUCGUCACUCCAUUAGCCAGUGACAUGGCAAUCAGCAGCCACAGCGAGGCAUACAUCUCCAGUGCGUAUAUGUAAUACACACACCUCUGCCACACACUUACAUAUACACAUAUAUAGGCAGACAUUUAUGAUACACACAUCAUAGGCACACACAAGGGUGGUUUAAUUACCAGAGACGAAUAGAUCACUGCUAGGCAAAAUUGCCCGAGAUCGGAUGAGUAUGAAUACCGCCUUCCAUGGAGACGACGCAUUCUCUAAUGAUGGAAGUGAACAUAUUUCCGCAAAUAACAAAUGCCACGCGUAGGUUUCUAAUAUCGACGGAGGAAGAACAUUCGGCACAUUGAUAUAUAAUAAUGGGUUUAUUUAGAAGUGAUGUGUUGAGGUCAACAGGUAGGAAAUAUGUGCGCGAACAAUCAAGGCUAUAUCAAAUGCACAGUCAUAACACGGUUUUAUCGUCAAUCUGGCGAUACAAAAUAUUACCAGGUGCCUGUAUGCAGAGCGUUGCGUGUUCGAAAAAUGUCAGCUGCGUAACUAUUCAACAUGCGUAUAAAGACAAGAGGUGAUACGACCACGUUUUGGCAAGCCACUCCAACUUUCGAUGUGGAGAGUAGUGGGAUUGAUUGAAGGAGAUAUAGACAGGAGCACAUAUGCAACUUCGAGGAAUAAGCACUGCAAAUAAUAGAGUAAAUACACCUCAUUGAUGAAAAUUGAAG